AAGUUGGAUUUUACAUUCUGUUCAUUAAUGAGGUACCUAAUUCACGUUUUCGUAAACUCGUACAAGUUGUAUUUGAUAGGAUGUAAAUAAAAGUUGAUGCUGUGUGUUGUUUUAUAUAUUGCAAAAUGGAUAAAUCUGAUAAAAUACGAAAUAGGAAGACAAAGCUGAUACCGAGGGAAUUUGUUGAUUCUGACGAUGAAUUACAAGAAUUGCAGUAUGAAGUUGAACAAACACUCGCUAGAAUUAGAGGCGAUAAGGCAAGCACAUCCAAUGAACAAACACAGCCACAGUUCUCCAUCAAGGUGGAAGUCGAGGAGUGUUACGAAACCAAUGAUGACGUAGUCGAGCUCAACAGCUCAGACGAGGAACAACUGUCUGACCUAGAACAGGAUGUCCACAACCUGAACCUUAUGAGCGUGUUGGAGGCGUCCCACAAGCACAUGGAAACCAGCACGAACAUAGCUGAUUUUACACUUCACAUGGAGGUAGUUAAUUACUGCAAGCAACCACCAGUACCCAACGUGAAGAGCAAUCAUGAACUCGUUCUGGAGAAGGCGCUAACGCGAUGGCGCGAUUGGUUCUCAUUGGCAGCGGACCUGAGGGAACCGCCUCUUAUAUACAAAUGCUAUAUUUGCAAUCUCGCCUGGUGGCAUUUAAGUGAAUUUCGCAGUCAUAUAUAUGUGCACGUUUUCAAAACUUUCCGGGUGAGCCUCGAGAUCAUCAACUGCGUGCAGUGCAACAUUGUAGCGUACGAGAAGAUGGAUAAAAGGUUCAUAGAUCCAGGCGCUAAAUGCUGGAGGUGCGGGGAGCCGGGUAGUGAACACCAGAAACCCAAUAAGUGCGGUGGAUGCUCGAAGGACUUCUUCUCCUGCAUGAAACUGGUGGAACACCAGUGGUACUGCGACGCGUUCAAAGCGAAGCAAAUAAAGGUGUUUCAGAAAGCGAAGAAGAUGUACAAAUGCCAUCUGUGCCCGAGAUAUUAUUUUCAGGAGGACACCCUGUUCGACCACAUGGUGUCGCGGCAUUCAGUGCGAACGGACGUGCCGGUUGCGUGGACGCUAGUGUUUUGCCAAGAGUGUAGGGAGAACGUCGAGGAUUAUAGCCACGUGUGCGCUGGCAAAGUGCCAAACGAAACGUGCGUCCACUGCAACAGAUUGUUCCAUUCGAAGGCCCUUCUGGCGUUGCAUAAGCUGGUCUCAAAGCAUCCAAAAGUGUGUCGUGUAUGUAUGAAACGUGUGUCCAAAGAGUGUAUGCUAGCGGUGCAUAUGAUGAGACAUACAGACAGUUACUUAUUGCUGUAUAGGUGUUUAUUGUGCCCGAAACCAGUGUAUUUGGAUCCGACGAGGCUGCUCACGCAUUCUGUGGAGACACACCAGACAUCGGACGGUUAUAGUGUACCACAUGAAUUUAUGUUUAUACCUAUGACAUUUUUACGAAAACAUGGAGUGGAUGCUGAGAUAAGUGAUCUUAGUAAUAUUAAAAUAAAUCCUGUAAUUACAGUGAAUUUUGUUUCAGAAGGUGCUAGAAAAACAGAAGCCGUACAUAACAUGGUGCAAGAUGAUGAAGUAACUCCAAUUAUAAACGAAGCGAAAAAUAUAAAUAGUAGAAACAGAAUUGAAACUCCACCUAACACUGAAGUAAUAGAUACUGAACUUAAAGAAACACCACAAGAAACUAUAGUCAAUGUACCCACAGGUGUAAAUGAUGAUGUUACACAACGUGUUCAAAUAAAAGAAGAAAAAGUCGACGAUAUUCACGAAAUGGAGGUAGAUAACGAAAUCGGGAAUAGACAAGAAUGCAUUGACGCUGUUGCUAAUCUAAUAGAAAACGUUAAAACUGAGCUUGAAGUUCAAUUUGAUAAUGCAGAACAAACAAUGUGUCCCAUAGUGACCAAUGUUGUUAGUUUCGCAAACAUCAAUGAAAACAACGUUACUGAUGUUAAUAUGGUAAAUAGUAAUGCUGAUGCUGCAGAAGAAACUAAUCAAAAUGAUUUACAAGCUCAAGAGAGCAUACAUUCAUCAACAGAUCUUAAAAUGUCGAUCGAUGAUGUCACGAACAGUAUAAAUAUACCAAACCCAGUGGCUAACAUUGAAAUUAAGUUAUCGUACCAGAACAAUGAUUUGAAGAUCAAAGAGGAACCGCUGCCAGAUGAAAUUCAAGAUUCCAAUUGGAAACUGAGUGACAUACGCAAGAUAUAUCACAUAGACGUGAAUUUGUCAGCGGAGCCGACGAACGGAAUAAAUAUAAAGCAAGAAAUCGAUGUGAAUGGUAAAUGUGAGAACAACUGGGAGCUAUUGUCGAAUGUGUUUGAGAAUUUCAACGAAGCGAGACAAGAGACGGAUGAUGAAUAUGAGAAUGAUUUGAUUAUAAUUGAGCCGAAGGAAGAGAUAGUGACUAUUAACUCGGAGGAUGAUUUAAGUUCUCACUCGGAUGCGGAUGAUAGCGACAGUGCGGGGAAGAAGAAACGCCGCUACCAAUGCAGGAGAUGCGAUUUCAUCGGCGUACACAGGGAGUACGCGGCGCACAAGAGGGACAGCUGCGUCAGCAAGCGCAGGAGUCCGCGGCCGGAGAUACACGCCGCGAACUAUCCGUGCUCCACCUGCAAGGUCACCUUCAGCAGCUUCAGACGCUACCUCAGACACUUCUCCGUUCACAAGUUUCCGAAACACGCGUGUCCACAGUGUUUCAAUAUAAGCAGCUCGCAUGUGAAGCUCGAGAGGCACGUGCUGACGCACGUGCGGAGUCUGUUCGUCAGUUUCCGGUCGAUUAAAGUGGUGAAAAGUACGUUUAAGUGUAAAGUGUGCGAUUUGAGUGUGAAUCGUGAUGUGUUCUUCGAGCAUUGGGAGCGGCAUUUGGAGAUCAAGGAGUGGGGGUUCAAUGAGGUCACAGUGAAGAGGGAGGUGGACUAUGAUCCUGGGGUUCGGAGAGUUAUUGAAAUACUCACACACCCGGACAAAAUGGCGAAACAGCUGUCGGCCAAGUACAGGUCGUGUGUGGUGUGCAACCGCCGCUUCAACAGACGGAACGACUGCAUGCGACAUAUCAUAGAGCACCUGCUGCUCGACGCUUUUAAGAAUAAAUCGAAGUACACAGUACUCAAGUGUCAGAUAUGCGGGGAAGGCUUUGAGAAGCCGGAGGGCUUCCGCCGCCACUUACGCUUUCACGCGUCUCUGCCUGUCUACAAAUGCGAGCUGUGCAACAAAACGUUCAGCGAUUCGAGCAAUUUCUCCAAGCACAAGAAGGUCCACAACCUGCGGAUAGUGAUAUGCGAUAUAUGCGGCAAGAAGUUUAAUAAUAAGCUCUGUCUGAUCAAGCAUAUAGAGGGGCACUCGACCGCCGAGCCGGUGCAGUGCGGGCGGUGCGGCAAGCGGUUCUACAGCGGGUCGGCGCUGCGCAAGCACCACACGCAGAUGCACGACAAGCUGUCGCCGAAGUUCAAGUGCCAGCAGUGCCAGCUGCGCUUCCUCACGCUGCGCGAGAAGUGGGACCACUUGUGGCACGUGCACAAGGAGCGAUCGACGAAGGCCGACUGCCCGACGUGCGGCGCCGAGUUCCGGCGGGCGCGGGACGUGAAGGCGCACGUGGACAGCGUGCACAGGAAGAUGGUGACUGUGAAGGCUGACUCCAGCAAGGAGGUCGUGAAGAUCGAAUUUGACGUGCGUGAUGUGCAGAUAGACGAAUGAAAAAAGAUAAUUGGAGGGGGGGAGGGUCUGUUGGGUUCCUUCGUUGCACGUUGUAAGUAAUAAUGGUCCCACAGAACGUUAAAUUCUCGAAGGGAGUCUAGCUCUAUCCUCCUGUUGCGACAACCGACACGUUUCUGAAUCGCGCAAGCGAAAUGUUUUCAACUAAGCAUAUAUGCAACUUUCCAAUAAUAUUCCAUCGAGUGGAAUUCCUCCAUCCUUCCCCUAGACUCCUUCUAUCUCCAGCCAGGAUAAUACAUUAAAAAUGUAUCAAUAAAUUCGUUGUAACGUUUAAGAAGGACAAAUAAACAAACUUUCGCGUUUAUUUUAUUAGUAAGUAUAUCGUGAAGGAAAUUUGAGAAGGAAGUCCAACCGAUUCAAGUUAUUCAAAAUUUUUUUGUAUAUGUUAUUAGCAACACAGUGCAUGGAAGUUGUAGUUUUUUAUAAUUUAGACAAAUUUGAUAAAAAAUAAGCAUAAUAUCCAGAUAAUUUUGCUUAAUUUUCAUUUUUUUAUAUUAUUGUA